AUGGCUGAGACUUACGAUUACAUCAUCGUUGGAGGAGGCACCGCCGGGCUGACGAUUGCGGCUCGCCUCAGCGAGAACCCUCAAGUGACGGUCCUCGUAUUAGAAGCUGGUGCGGAUCGCUCUGCCGACCUGAAUGUCCUGGCACCUGGGCUGUUCCCUGCUAUGUACGGUAACGCCGACUACGAUUGGGACUAUAAGACUGUUCCCCAGACCUCGGCCAACGACAAAGUCGUCGCUCAUAUCCGUGGGAAGCAGCUGGGCGGCUCCAGCGCCAUGAACUUCAUGUUCUGGACACACCCUUCGCGGGGAGACAUUGACAACUGGGGCACCCUGGGAAAUAAGGGUUGGUCGUGGGAGGCGCUAGCCGCCUACUUCAAGAAGUCAGAAUCGUUUGUGGCACCCUCCAGCCAGCAGACGAGCGAUCUUCUCCUCGACUAUGUUGACCCUAGCGUCCAUGGCACCACCGGACCGAUCACCAAUGAGUUUCCCUUACUCUACAGCCCCUUUCUCAAAGCCUGGCCACGAACUCUUGAGGAACUUGGGCUCGGUGUCGAUGGUGAUCCUCAUGACGGGGUGGCUCUAGGAGGCUACGUCAAUCUGCUCAACAUCGACAAGGGCACGAGAAGCUACGCUGCAAACGCCUACCUUGGUCCGGCACGUCAACGGUCCAACUUGAAGGUAGUCACGGACGCUUUGGUGACCAAGGUUGUGCUGGCAAAGACUCGUGGUGGAGUCUUGGCGAAAGGGGUCAAGUGGUCGCAGGCUGGAUUAGAGAGCGAAGCAGCCGCAAAGAGGGAAGUGAUACUCGCCGCUGGUUCCAUUGCUUCACCACAGCUCCUCGAGGUCUCUGGUGUGGGCGACAAGAAGCUCUUGGGUAGCCACGGCGUCGAAGUUUUGGUCGACAACCCCAACGUCGGAGAAAAUCUCCAGGACCACGUCUAUGUUCCUCUUGGUUUUGCGGUGAAGCCCGGCGUACCCACCAACGAGGACUACGCCAACGCAACUUACUUCCAAGAACAGCUCGAUCUGUACCUUCAGAACAAGACCGGUCGUCUGUCCUCUGCCGGUGCCAGCUCGGCGCUCUUGUCAUUGAAGCAGAUCGCCUCCUCUCUGGACCUGUCUCUGUCCUCUCCUAAGACCGACCUCCCCGGCUUGGCCGAGCAACACGGCAUCACCUUUCGAGACCUCAAAUCCGAAGCCAUCGCUCAAGAGCUUACAAUUGAGGGCGGUAUCUCGCCCCAGUACUCCGCUGAUACGACGAAGCUAUUCUCGGCGGGAUCACCGGGCAGCUUCCUCUCCAUCCUGGGCGUUCUAGAGCACCCCUUCUCACGAGGCGCAAUCCACAUCCAGUCCGCCGACGUCGCUGUCCAUCCCCUCAUCGAUCCACGCUACCUGUCCCAUCCACUCGACAUACAGCUCUUGAAAGCCAUUACGCUUCAUCUGCAGACCGUCGCGCGGACGCAACCUUUAAGCGACCUGCUCCAGGGUGGAGGGACCGUGUUCCAGCCCGGGUACCACGAACUCACUGUCGAGAACGUGGAGGAUUGGAUCAAGAAUAGUAUGCAGAGCGAAUACCACCCCUGUGGUACUUGUGCCAUGCUGCCUAGGUCCAAAGGUGGUGUAGUCGACGAGAGGUUCAUGGUAUACGGGGUGAAGGGGUUGCGAGUGGUCGAUGCCAGCAUCUUCCCCUUGAUUCCGAGAGCCAACAUCCAGUCUCUAGUCUACGCGGUAGCGGAAAGGGCAGCUGAUUUCAUCAAAGAGGAUGGCCUCUGA